CCAAAAAUCACAAAUGGCUACUGAUAGUGAAAGCUUAACGGCCACGUCGUUGUUUUGCACGCUGAAGGAGAGGUUCCUGGCUUUGAACCUCUUGCGAUCGUAGGGUCGAUUCACCUGAGGACAGGCUUAAGUCUUUUGAAGAUGUCCUCUGGUGAACGAUUCGUAAGUUGAGGAAAGUGGGUGAUGAGGAGUAUGGGCUCAGCUCACAGUUCUGCGCAGACUUUCUGCUGGACCAGUGACAUGCUGUCAAUAACAGCCUUUAGUUCCAAGUGGUGGCAGAUCACCACCUGAACUUUUGAGCCACGCAGAGGGGUUCUUUCUUUCUGUCACUAAAAUGUUGCUACUUACAACUCCCGAUACGAUCUCUUUGCAAGGCACAUUACAGAGCAGGAAGAUGAAGGAGGACCUAGGACGAAAUUAAACUAAUAGAUUAAUAGAGUGAGAUCAACACCCUGGGUACAAAUGGCAAGGUGUAUCGGUGGUGAAGGGGAGUGCUAAGCACAGCUGUAUUGUCAUGUCUCUGAAAGGGUCGUUAGAGCAUCCGUUGAAAAUCUGACUGGGUUUUCAUUAUAUUUUUUUUCUGGUAUCUGUCUCCUAAUUUUUUAAGAAAUUGUCAUCUUUAGGGCGUUACUUUGAUCUGAAGGCUGUUAAAGGUACUCCUGCAAAGUAAGUACUUUCCUUAUGAAGACAUGGGUCAUAAGAAGUUUUCAGUAAUUUGUUAAAACAGCGUUAAGGGGAACACCGGUGCGGGCAUCUUCACAAAGUCUCCAUACGCUUCUCCUUCUGUUGGUCUAUCUAGGUGACAUUGUGUCUAAUGAGCUUUCCCAAGAAAAUGCAGCUUGCUCUUGGUGCCUUGUGAGAUGGGGGUUGUCGGUCAAGGAGUGUAGUUACAAUUAUGAAUUGCUUGUUCUUCUCUCUUAACGUGGUAUGCAUCUUGGUCUGAAGAGGAGCAAUCUUGAGGAAACCCAGGGUACAAUGUUAGCAAUGCCUCAGUAGAUGUCUGUUCUUUCCCACCCUUCCUCCUCUCCCUCAGGCCCCAAACACAGUCAAGUUACGCCAACUGCAGUCUUCUGUGAGGUGCUUGGCGUUCAAUUUUGCUUUGUGCGAUGCCUCUGGAUGCUUGCGUGAAGCUGGGGAUCGUUCUGUCUAGGGCAUCAUCCCACCAUGCUUAACAACCGUUGCGUCAACGUGAUGGUAAACAUGGGUUUGCGGAGUUCUGCUUUUGAUAAUGGUUGGGGAUAUGCAGGGAAGAAUGGUGCUGCGUAGACUAAAAGCUACAGGAAGAAAGACUGGUGCGUGAAAUGUGCCAGAGAAAGUAGCAGAACAUGGGAGAUUUGUGGGAGUUCUGUACAGCCAAAGGAGCAGAACAGGUGGGAGUCUUUUCCUCAGGCAACUGUGAACAAAAAAAGUAAGAGAUUUCUUUUGCUUACUAGUGUGCAGCUGUGGGGGUUUUCCUGAAGAGGUGUGGGGUGAUGUGGAGCCAUCCUUGUGCAGCAGCAGCCUUUGGUCCGUGGGCAAGAAAGCAUAAAGAAAAGAUCUGUCGACAUCUAUCCUGAGAUGCUAUUUUGGAACCCAUUUGGCUGUUUUGCCCACCACAGUAUGCGUGCUUUGGCUGCAGGAGUGAUUCUGAUGAGACCCAAGGAGGCUGUUCAGCACUUUAAUGGCAUUCAUCUCUUGAGAGAGGAGUAGCAGUGCUGAGAGUGGCUUGUGGGACGCCUACCCGUGAUGAUUCCGCCAUCUGCAACAACCCCUGUCAGCGAUGCUGCACUCUUGCCAAGUGUGGCUUCUCAGGAAAUCUGGAGGUCACAAGUUCCAGGCUAUUCUGGAUCGGUCACACAGCACAUAAGUCACAGGGCUAACAACUUCAAGAGACACCCAAAAAGGAGAAAACACAUCCGCCCUUCACCGCCGCCACCGCCAAAUACUCCAUGUCCUAUUGAUUUGAUUGACUUUGGGGAUCUCCAGCCUCAGAGGUCUUUCCUAGAACUCCUGUUUAAUGGGUGCAUUCUCUUUGGGCUUGAGUUCAGCUAUGCCAUGGAAACAGCCUAUGUUACCCCUGUGCUGCUUCAGAUGGGGCUUCCAGACCAACUGUAUGGAAUGGUGUGGUUCAUCAGCCCUAUAUUAGGGUUUUUGCUGCAGCCUUUGCUGGGGGCCUGGAGUGACAGAUGCACAUCAAGAUUCGGGAGGAGAAGACCUUUCAUUCUGGUCUUAGCAGUAGGAGCGUUGCUUGGGCUCUCGCUUAUGCUGAAUGGCAAAGAUAUAGGGACUGCCUUGUCUGACACUGCGAAUAACCACAAAUGGGGAAUCAUUCUUACGGUCUGUGGUGUUGUCCUCAUGGACUUCAGUGCAGAUUCAGCAGACAAUCCCAGUCAUGCCUACAUGAUGGAUGUAUGCAGUCCAGUGGAUCAAGACAGGGGCCUCAACAUCCACGCUUUGUUAGCAGGUCUUGGAGGUGGCUUUGGUUAUGUUGUUGGAGGAAUACACUGGGAUAAAACCAGUUUUGGAAAAGCUGUGGGAGGGCAACUUCGCGUCAUCUAUGUCUUCACCUCAGUUAUACUGACUGUCACUACUGUGCUGACUCUAAUUAGCAUUCCAGAAAGACCCUUAAGGUCCUUUAGCAGGAAGAAAAAGGUGAUGAAGAGUCCAAGUCUUCCUCUCCCUCCUUCUCCACCUUUCUUCUUUGAGGAGGGUGUAAAUGAAAACUUUGCUUCUCAUAACUCAGCUCACUUAUAUGCAAGUUUUACGAGUCCAGUUUCCCCCCUCAGCCCACUCACGCCCAAAUAUGGCAGUUUUGUCAGCAGAGACAAUUCCUUGACGGGAAUUAAUGAGUUUGCGUCAUCAUUUGGGACUUCAAAUAUUGACAGCGUGCUUAUAGACUGUUUUACAGGCGGGCACAACAGCUACUUAGCACUUCCAGCUAGCUUGCCCAGGCAGCCUGUCAGUGUCAGCUUUCCUCGGGUGCCUGAUGGCUGUUACCAAGGAGAAAAUGGAGUUCUGGAGCAAGGGGAGAGCAGCCUAACGCCGGGGCCUGAUGGCGAGGUGCUAAGAGUGGGCUCACUGGAUGCGACAAAGCCACGGUCAUCAGGGAUCCUGAAAAGACCUCAGACCUUGGCCAUUCCAGAUAUCGUAACAGGACACUGUCCAGAAAAUAGCAGAAGAAGAAAUGUAACCUUCAGCCAACAGGUUGCUAAUAUCUUGCUGAAUGGUGUUAAGUAUGAGAGCGAGCUGAACGGAUCAGGUGACACCUCUGAGCAACCACUCUCCGUGAAACUUCUUUGUUCGACCAUCUGCCAGAUGCCCAAGGCUCUUCGUAACCUCUGCAUCAACCACUUCCUAGGAUGGCUUUCGUUUGAGGGGAUGUUACUCUUCUAUACGGACUUCAUGGGAGAAGUAGUGUUUCAAGGGAAUCCGAAAGCGCCUCACAACUCAGAUGAGUAUCAGAAGUACAACGCUGGGGUCACCAUGGGCUGCUGGGGAAUGUGCAUCUAUGCAUUCAGUGCUGCUUUCUAUUCAGCUGCACUGGAGAAGCUGGAGGAGCGGUUCAGCACACGGACACUGUACUUUGUGGCAUAUUUGGCCUUCGGGCUGGGCACAGGGCUGGCCACGCUCUCCAGAAACGUCUAUGUAGUGCUGUCACUCUGUGCUACCUAUGGCAUCCUCUUCGCCACGCUCUGCACGCUGCCCUACUCCCUGCUCUGCGAUUACUACCAGAGCUGCGAGUUCGUAGGCUCGCAGGCGGAGGGCACACGGCGUGGGAUGGGCGUUGACAUCUCCCUGCUGAGCUGCCAGUACUUCCUGGCACAGAUCCUCGUGGCUCUGGCCAUGGGGCCGCUGACGGCGGCUGUGGGCAGCGCCAGCGGCGCCAUGUACUUCGCCAGCCUGGUAUCCUUCCUGGGCUGUCUCUUCUCUUCCCUCUGCGUCACCUACGAGUCGCCGCUCACCGAGGAGCUGCCGCCCGCCGAGGAGCAGCGCCCACUUUUGCCCCGCGCGCGGAACGAAUAAAUGGGAGAAGCCGCCACAGCCUCCGCUGCCUCAUUGCGUCGCCCUCAGCCUCCCCAUCGUGGCGCGGUGGGCUCGUGCGCCCCCGGGACGGCAGCAGUGGGCCUGGCAAAUGGCGAGAAGGUCUGCGCUGGCUUCGCCGAGCUUUCCCCUGCCCGCAGGAGCCGAGGGGCGAGUUGGCGGCACCUGGCACCGCUCAUCCUUCCCAUGAGGCGGCAAAGGCCCAUCUGUGCCCCUAGGGCCGCAGCGACGGGAAGCGGUGGUGUCAGCGCGGGGCCGUUCCCUCCAGCUGCCCCGCGGUGCCGUUGGUUGUUCCCGGCGGGACGAGUGGUGUUGUCCGGCCUGAGGCAGGGGACCCGGAAGCCUGGUGCCCGGGCAGGGUGACCACUAUCUCUUGGGCGGCAGCGAGCUGCGGGGCUGCACACGCUGCUGCAGGCACUGCCGCUGCCGGAGCGCUGGGGCUGCGGCGCUCCGCUGGCUUCAUGGGCAGAAGGUGCCAUCUCGCAGCCAGGCGGAGCAGCCUGGUCCUCAGUUGCCGAGGGCAGUGGUGACUCCCGCGAGGCCUCGGGGAGCGGUGGGGCCAACCUGCGGGUCCUGGCCUCUGCCUGUGGUAGGCCUGGCUCUGGAUGGGUGCUUUUCAAAACUUGGGAAAGGCAGAGAGUGACUGGUCUUGCUCAGGUGGCGUAACUACUCUGUCAAGUGCCACAGCUAGGCUCCUGGGUGCGCAGAGCUCCCGCCAGCAGAACUGCUCCAAGAAGCCACUGUGGGGUGAAACCGCAGUGGCCUGGCUUGCAAACCCUGCUCUGUAGGUUCUGGCUGUGGUCCACGGUGGUGGUUGCCAAUAUGUGCAUAUUUGCUUCCACGUUAGACUUUUAACUAAGACUACAAGGGCUUGUGAUGACUUAGCAGGAGGACAGGCAGUUGUCCAUAAGCCACCGUUGGGGAGUAGGGUCUUUUUGCGUCAACUUCCUUUGGGUAGAAGCUCACUCUCAAAGUUGAGAAUGUAAGAAAAAUAAUUUGUGUGGAAGCCAUCAUCCUUGUUUUUCAUUCAGUUGUACCUUGUGACAUUUUAAAAUCUGCAUGGGAUCAGUGAUUAAGUACUUGUCAGCUAGAGCUGCAUCUUCCAUCUCUCACUGAAACUAGUAAAAGGGCUUUGGGUUACAUUAUCUGUGAGAAUUCUUAAUUAUUCUGAUUUUGGAAGGUGGUAAGUGUGUGAGGUCUCAUAUAAGUUCCAUUUAAGCCCGGGAGUCUUUUAAGUCUUGAGAGCAAAGACAAAAACAGAAAUAAAACUGUUUCUAGGAUCCCUGUCAGCCUGCCUCUGUAUUUGGGUAGACAGCCAAGGUUUACCAAGGCUGAUGGGGCAUUUUGGUGUUUACGUGUGCUGUGCAUGGCAUCCCUCUGGAGGUUAUUUUUGCUUCACCUUGUCUUUGGGUGCAGAAGAAGGGUUUUCUCUGGAGGGUCACUCCUUUUAAAUGAGUUGUACUUGACUGUUCACCUAAGUUUGUUCUGGUGCUUGAUCUGUGAUGCCAAGAUGAAAUAACUUGUGCAAUCUUUAGCUGUUGUGGCUUACUAUACCCCAGUGCUGAAAGCAUAAUGCACAGCUUGUAAGAACCUCUUGUUUUUAUCAUCCAUCCCUGAGUAUUACUUUUUUUUAUUUGAGAAGCAAGUUUCAUGCUACUCAGUAUUUACUUAAAUGGAGGAAUGCUGAAGUUAAGCACUCGGAGGUAAAGGACUGUCAGAUUGAUGAGUCUGUUCAUCUUUCUUUUCUUUGUUUGGGCUUACAUAGUGUCAUAUCUGCAGGAGUAUCUGUGACAUGCCGUUUCCUGGAUUAUGGGACAGCUGUCUCCAAGAAUGUUCAGGAUGAAGCUGGAACAAAAUAGCCUGAGAAACUGUACAUUUGGCACUUCCGAUUUCUGACAAUCUAAAGACUUGACUUUGGAGAAUUUUUCUUUUCUUGUUGGUCUGCUGUGUAACCUUAAUUUCUCUUCCUUAUCGAACUUUUAAACUAAAAAAAUGAUUUUUCUUUUUUUUUUUUUUUUUUGGUCCCACUAGCUAAUGCGGUACUAGUUCUUAAAAUGUUUUCUCCUCUUAAGUUUUGUAGCCAGCAUUAUUGCACUAAAUGGAUCAUGAGCACUUUACUUUCCUAGGUAGCUGGAGUUGCAGAUCAUUUUGUUGCAAGCGAGGAUCUUCAGCAGAUUCACAGAAUUGAUGAAAUCAAUGUAUUUGAUGGUAAUGUUUGUCUCUGCUUCCAUAUGUAAAUAACCUGAUGAAAUACAUUUAUAUAGUUAUAAAACUACUGCUAUGCCUGUAUGCAUUGCCCAAUAGAAUAUAUAUCACAUUUUCUAUUUUACAGGAUAUGGACUUUGUUUUGCAUAUGUAUUUAUGUAGUGUUUACAUACAUAGUACUUUUAAGUCAACAGCAAUGUAUGUUAAUUUGGGGCUUUGAGCAAUACUGGUGGUGUCUGGAAAAAACCCAGAGCCUGCCACCAUCAUGCAGAGUUGGAAGUCGCACCAAAUCCAUAGAAACUAACUUAAAGAAGAGGCACGGCUUACUUGCUUAUUCUCUUCCUGUCAUACAUUUUGUGUUUUACAGAAAUUACUGUAUGUGGUCACUGUUGAACUGUGAGCUGCAAAGUGAUGUUUAUCUUUUGGAAUCCAAACCCUUCAAAUAUUCUAAAUCUGCAAGCUGCUGUUUAGAAGUAAGAUGCAUGAGUUUAGGCAGGAAAGUGAUUUUAUGCCGUGCUGUAGUUGAAUCUCUUCAGCAGUGCCUAAAGGUUAAUUUUGAUUAAGUCCUUAUCAUUAAAGGUUGCUUGAUGGCAA